GGUCUUGGGGCUCAGGAACAAGGAAAUACAGAACAUAUCAAGGUGCAGGUGAAAAACAAUAUGCUGGGGUUAGGAGCAACCAUCAAUCAUGAGGACAACUGGAUUGCUCAUCAGGAUGACUUCAACCAGCUUCUGGCUGAACUGAAUGAUUGCCAUGGACAGGGUGAAACAGAGUCCUCAGUGAAUAAUCAAAAGAAGACAUUCAGUCUCGAAGAAAAAUCCAAAUCUUCCAAGAAACGUGUCCAUUAUAUGAAGUUUGCAAAAG